AUGAAGAAGGCGCGCAAGACGGCACACCCCACAAAAUACCGCGAGUCGCUCGUCCCAGGAACAGUCUUAAUCCUCCUCUCUGGCCGAUUCCGUGGCAAGCGCGUCGUUCUCCUGCGCCAACUUGAGCAAGGUGUGCUCCUCAUCACCGGCCCCUUCAAGUCCAACGGUGUCCCGCUCCGCCGCGUCAACCACCGCUAUGUGAUCGCCACAUCCACCGUUGUCGAUAUCGCAGGCGUCGACAAUGAGGUCGUCGAGCGUGUGAGCAAGGACGAGUACUGGGCGCGCGAGAAGACGGAGGGCAAGGGUGAAGACGACUUCUUCAAGGACGGCGAGACAACACCACAGAAGAAGGAUACCGAUCCCCAGCGGAUAGAGGACCAGAAGAAGGUGGACAAGGCGCUCAUGGCUACCAUCAAGAAGAUCCCAGAUCUGGAGGCAUACCUGGGAGCCAGCUUCAGCCUGAGGGGUAAUGAGCGACCGCACGAGAUGGUCUUUUAA